UGUUUGUCUCCCGUCCAAGGGAAGAAGCAGCAGCUCCGGAGGCGUUUCAGCUGUUGUAGCGUUAGCCGACUUCUUAGUUACACCUGCUCAUAAACCAAGGUGGUUUCCCAGAAGGCCGGACGACCAUGGCAGCGCCUCCCGAUAAAGUGGACAUGUCGCUGGAUGACAUCAUCCGCUUGAACAAAAAAGAGAGACAGUUCAAAAGGAGACAAGCCAACACGAACCGCCGACCGUUCAAGAAAAAGGGCCAAGGAAGAGCAGGAGGAGGAGGAGCCCCUAAGUUCAGAAGCAGAGGGGUUGCUUCCCUGCCGGGGCGAUGGCGGGGUCAAGGGUUAAUCACGGGGCUGGCGGCCAGGAGGCCAGCUGCCCUGCUGAAGCGGACCGGGACCCUGAACAGAUCAGCAGGCAGCCAGAAGCUGAGACCGAGGCGCUCGGAGGCUCAGAGACGGCUGUACCGGCAGCCCGAUCCACUCAGAGGCCAGAACUCCACAUCCACCAGGAGACCCUUCCAGCUGCGCGGACGGCCGCCGCCCCCUGUCCAGCAGACGCAGAGGGAGGCCCGCCAGGCCAUGUUUCUGUUUAACAGAGGCCUCAAGGUUCAAGCUCAGGUCCGGAGGCCAAACCCCCACGCCCCCCCGACACAAGCGAGACAGUGGCGGACUUCAACAACCAGCGAUGGAAUCCUGACCGUUUCUAUCGACAACCCGUCAGCCAGGACUCAGCCGGAGCCUCCCACUGCGUGGACUCUGUACCCCCCACCCGUCAACCCAGCUCCUGUGAAAGAGGAAACGGUGGAGAAGAAGAUCCCAAAAGGAGUUCCUCUUCAGUUUGACAUCAACAGUGUCGGCAAACCGCAAACGUCCAUGACCCUGAACGAGCGUUUCCGGAUCCUGAAAGGUCAGCGCACUGCGGCGGCGCAGAGCGGCAAAGGCAGCAGAUUUGUUACCGUGGGCUAGCGGGUGGGGCGGAGCCACCCAGCGCCGCCGUCUCACCAGACGAGUCCUACCGUUUGUUGUGUUCAGACUGUCGUGUCGUGGAUAUCCAGUACUGGGAUCUCGUGUUUUAAGUUUGGGACUUGAAACUGUUAAAACCGUGAACACUUUCCUUCCAGACGACUGUGUUUGCUACAAUAGCACGUGUGUGUGUGUGUGUGCAGCGCAUUUUUCAGAUGACUCGUUUUGUAAUUUCUUCAAAUAAAUGAGUUUCUCUAACUUUGUAA